AUGCGCCUGCUCGAUAUUGUUCACCCCGCUGCCCGUAUCCUGACCGAUAUUGCCCGCUCACAAGAUGCUGAGGUCGGCGACGGCACCACAUCAGUCGUCGUUCUGGCUGGUGAGAUACUGAAAGAGAUGAAAGAGUUUGUGGAGCAGGGUGUGUCGACACAGACCAUCAUCAAAGGCCUGCGGCGGGCGUCCAGUAUGGCUAUCAACAAGGUCAAGGAGAUCUCGGUCAGCACGCUCGAGGGCAACAAAUACGACACACUACGAAAACUGGCGGCCACGGCCAUGAGCAGCAAGCUGAUUCACCGGAAUUCCGACUUUUUCACCAAGAUGGUUGUCGAUGCCGUACUCUCCCUCGACCAAGACGACCUCAACGAGAAACUCAUUGGUGUCAAGAAGAUCACUGGCGGUGCUGUGCAAGACUCAUUGUUCGUCGACGGUGUGGCAUUCAAGAAAACUUUCUCGUACGCUGGUUUCGAGCAGCAGCCCAAAACGUUCAAGAAUCCUAAGAUCGUGUGUUUGAAUGUCGAAUUGGAACUCAAGGCCGAGAAGGACAACGCCGAGGUACGAGUGGACCAGGUACAUGAAUACCAGGCGAUCGUGGAUGCCGAAUGGCAAAUCAUCUACAACAAAAUGGAGGCUCUCUACAAGACGGGGGCGAAAGUGGUGCUCAGCAAACUGCCGAUUGGCGAUCUGGCUACUCAGUACUUCGCCGACCGAGACAUCUUCUGUGCUGGCCGAGUUACGGCUGACGAUCUGGAGCGUGUAUGUCAGGCAACGGGUGCCGUCACUCAAUCGACGUGCUCGGACAUUCAGGAGUCACAUUUGGGCACAUGUGGGCUGUUCGAGGAGAAGCAGAUUGGUGGGGAGCGGUUCAACCUGUUCUCGGACUGUCCAGAGGCCAAGACUUGUACACUAAUACUGCGGGGUGGCGCAGAGCAGUUCAUUGCGGAGGUUGAACGGUCGUUACACGAUGCCAUCAUGAUUGUGAAGCGGGCGCUGCGGAAUCGCAAUAUCGUUGCUGGUGGCGGUGCGACCGAGAUGGAGAUCUCAGGCUAUCUUCAUCAACAUGCGGACCGGAACGUGCCGAACAAACAGCAGGCGAUUGUGAAGGCGUUUGCAAAAGCGCUCGAGAUCAUCCCACGGCAGCUAUGUGACAACGCUGGCUUUGAUGCAACCGACAUCCUCAACCGGCUGCGUGUGGAGCACCGCAAGGGCAAUGUGUGGGCGGGCGUGGACUUUGAUCAUGAGGGCGUUCGAAAUAACAUGGACGCAUUUGUAUGGGAACCCAGUCUGGUCAAGGUCAAUGCCAUCUCAGCCGCAGUGGAAGCCGCUUGCUUGAUCUUGAGUGUGGACGAGACAAUCAAGAACGAGGAGUCACAACAGCCGCAGGCUCCUCAGCGAGGCCUACCGCCGGGCGCUGCGCAACGAGCUUUGAGAGGCAGGGGAAGAGGUAUGCCUAGGAGAUGA